CUAGUAGCACAACAUUCAGGACUAGGAUUGGCGACUCUGCUGCAAUGCAACCAUGUUACAAACCACAAAAGUCAGAUCCAAAAAUGUCCCUAAAUGGUUUCUGGGCAUCCUAUCUACGUCCUUAUCUGAUUUCAUAAUUGAUAACGCCCAUUAAAUCGUCAUCAACUUUUCUACUGCCAUCUCGCGUUGCAUUGUAUGUAGGUGGAGUAAUCCCAGGUCCGCCUGAUGCAAGUAUUUGUCGAUUUAACAGUCUGUUCUGCCCCAUGAUUCAUGAAACCCCGAAUGAUUUUUGACCCCUCGUCUCCCCCAGUUUUUUGUGCAGAGCGAACGGCCCACCUCGUGGAGUUUGUUGGGGGCGGUUGUCGCUUUCUUUUUCAGCUGCGACUGCUGCUGAAAUUUCACCUCUUUCUACAGGUAUGUAUAUUAAUAAGCCCGUAGUACUCUGAGGCUGAGGGCGUGACAUGCCAGACUUUUGUUCCGGAGGACGAAGGAACAAUGAAACAACAGCAACAACAACAACAGCAGAGAGAUGCCGGAGCAAGUGUUCCUCUUUUACCGGAGGUGGCGGUUCAGUCAGACGGGGUGGGAAUAUCAGAGGGGGCAUCAAUGUAUAGUGCCAUUUUUAAUGUGUCAACCAGCAUGGUUGGUGCAGGGAUCAUGUCUAUUCCGGCAACUUUUAAGGUUCUGGGGAUAAUCCCCAGUUUCGCAGUAAUCUUGAUUGUUGCUUUCUUUGUUGAGGUCACGGUGGAAUUCUUGUUGAAGUACACCCGUCAUACGGGAGAGUUGGAUUCUUAUGGUGCUCUGAUGGCCGAGUCAUUUGGCAAGCCUGGAGCUGUUGCUCUUCAAGUUUGUGUCUUGGUCACUAACCUGGGUGCCAUGAUUAUUUAUUUGAUUAUUAUUGGAGACGUGCUCUCAGGAAAUUGUUCUGGAGGGUCAAUUCACUUGGGCGUACUUCAGGAAUGGUUUGGCACCCAUUGGUGGAAUUCGCGUGCAUAUGCGCUUUUGUUUGUCGUGCUCUUUAUUAUGCUUCCAUUGGUUAUUUUACGGAGAAUUGACUCUUUGCGGUAUGCUUCAGCAGCGUCUAUUCUACUGGCGGUGCUCUUUGUUGUGCUCUGUUCGGGAAUGGCCAUACAAGCAAUGUGGGAAGGUAAAACACAAAAAGCAAGACUUGUACCAGACUUUGCGCAUGGGAUGUCGUUCUUUGAUCUUUUCACCACAAUUCCGGUCAUUGCUACAGCCUUUGGAUGCCAUGUUAACGUUCAUCCCAUAAGAGCAGAGCUGGGAAGACCUUCUCAAAUGAGCUUGGCAGUUCGGAUUUCUCUGGUACUCUGUAUCGCCAUUUACUUUGCGGUUGGCUUCUUCGGUUACGUACUAUUUGGCGACUCAAUCAUGGCCGACAUGCUCGUCAACUUUGAUGCUGUUUCGGAUUCCGUCAUUGAGACCUUUGUUGGCGACAGAUUCUAUCAGAUUUUUAUCUCUGACCUGCGUUCUGCUUGCAUUUACUUAUGUGGCUGCUGUGGCCAUCCCAAAUAUAUGGUACUUCUUCCAGUUUAUGGGAACAACCACAGUCGUGUGCCUCAUGUUCAUUUUCCCAAGCUCGCUUAUUCUUAGGGAUGUUCAUUGCAUAUCCACAUGCCGUGAUAGGAUUCUGGCCACACUGGUGAUCGUCCUUGCGGCAGGGACUAGUUUGAUUGCCAUUUCCUCUAAUAUAUACAACUACUUUGGAAAGAAAUGACAAGUGACGUGGCAGAAUGGAGGAAAGUGAUGAGAAUGCGGAGGUAAUCAUACAUCCUGAGACAAUAACACUCCUUUAUACUGCCUUUGACUCUCUCCGCUUUGGCUUUUCCAGAGGCAGGGGAAAUGGGUAAAGGGCCUCCUAGAGGUCGCCGCCGCGGUUAAUUCACAGGUUAACCGUGAGAUUUUUCAGGCAUUGACUUGAGAAUCUCCGUCACUCGCAAGAUGUUUCUUUUAUUGACUUCUUGUUACUCACUGUGAACUGAGCAACAAGUGUGUCCAUAAAGUGUUAUUAAAAAAAAAAAAAGGAAUCGUGUGUCAGCAUUCCUGGAAAAUGUUAUGAUAGAUGGUGAAGGAGAAUUUUAAUACAGAAAUGAAGCACCUGGAAAGCCCUGCAUUUGCUCUUAGGUUGGAUUUCCUGCACUUGUAGUUUUGGUGCCUUGAGCUCCCUCCAGCUUCCCUCUUUUUUUGAAACCUAAUUAAUUAAUAGGCGGUGGUCCUGUUGGAUCCCAA